UCAGACAUGUCCAAGAACUUUUUGAAUGGUUUUUAAUCGGAACUAUUAAUAAUCUGGGGAUGUCGGCUGCUGAACAGACACACACUAAUGCCUCAUCAUCUGCACGACCGUUUCGUCGGCGGAAAACUCGCGUCGGGAACGACAAAAAGAUCCAAGAUGACGAAUUCAUGGCUGCAGCGAUCGGUGACGUUGAAUGGUUAAGACAAAGUUUGCGGGAUCAGAACCUUGAGAAGGGACAGAUAAACUAUGACAAAAAUGGUUUAACAGCUUUACAUCUGGCUGCCAUCCAUGGGAGACUGGAAUGCCUGAAGCUGUUGAUAGAGAAGUACAAGUUUGACAUCAACCUGGCUAGCAGCACGGGAUGGCGGGCAAUCCACCUGUGUAUUAGCAACCAAACUGGCAAGCGGGCCAUCACAUGUUUGCAGUAUCUUCUGGACAAGAAAGCUGAUGCUUCUGUAGGCAAUGAUGAUGGCAUCACACCCCUACACCAGGCUGCCAGCGAGGGUCAUGUACAGUGUUUGAAGAUGCUGAUUGAUUGUGGAGCAAAAAUUGAUGGAGAGGAUUGUCGAGGUCACACCCCACUUGACUUGGCCAAGCUGUGGGGGCACAGGAAAUGUGCCAGGAUUAUAGCUGCAGAGAUGUGGCAGCAGGGUAAAGAUAACAUUGCUAAGGAGAUGCAGCAGCUUCGGAAAAUUAAGAUGCAGCAGGUACUCCGUGAGAUGGAACUGGAGGCUGAGUUCCGCGCACAGAAUGAACAUUACAGCGACGAUGCCUUCAAACAGUGGCUCACUAAACAGGGGUAUGACCCAAAUAUGCCGACUGGACCCAAACCAAAAGAAAAGGAAAAGUCUUCAAAGACCACAGAAAAGAGUGGAAGAGAACCUCUGAUGAAAGCAAACAGUGUAACCAGGGAAUCCUCGGACACAAAGAGCAAAGGAGGUUUUAAAACAAGACAGGCUGAUACCAUACCUGCCUGGAAAGUGAAGCCGAGAGAAAUGUCCCCUCUUAGUCGUAAAGCUACAACUUUCACCCAGUUUUCAGAUGAUGUUCUUGACGAUGGUUUACAUGAGAAUGCUGACAACAAGCAGGAUGAUGCUAUUCCUGAGAGACCCAAGAGUACGGGGUUCUUUAAUCCAAACACUUGGAAAAUACCGCUGAAAGUUGACGACCCUCCAUACAUUACGAAUCUUACAGACGAUUACCCUCGUGAUGAUUUCACUAAAAUGCCUGUUGUCGAGUCUGCUCCUAAGUACUACGAUGGUAGGUUUGGACCAAGAUUGUACAAGAAAGAUUUGACCGGAAAGGAAGACACAAUUGAUACAAAGAAAAAGCUUCGUAAACCAAAGCUCCCGAAAGACAUCGUGAAAAGGGAAAUGAGCAAGGAUCCCACGCUGGAUGAAAGACCGAUGCUUUUCAAACCCAAGCACAUCCACGAUGUUCAGGUUAAGAAAAAAUAUGGGGAUGAAGUCAAAGGAAAAGCUGAAGUAUCCCUUCAUCUCUGUGACGACAUGUCCUCUUUCUUGUUUAAAAAUAGCCUAAAAUCAACCCCCAAUGUAUUCUGUGACACUAAAGCUGAAAAGAACGAGAAAAGGCGCCACCUUUUGGAUAUGAGCAACAGUAUCCUCAGCUCCCAUCCCAGCACCCGAUCAACCUCCUCGAGUAACUGGUCAUCUAUGAAGUUCCCGCGCGACAAAGUGAUCAACUCUCUACACCUGAUGUCAAAGCCGGACAUAUACCCGGCAAUACGGGGAGAGGAAUAUGGGGUUGGUACUGGACAGACAGUGGCUUGAAUUAUCCAAGAGGCUAGAAGGUGAAGCUGUUUUUUGCAUCAUGUGAAAAUCCAUCGUCAGAUACACCUGGUACACUAAAAGGCUCUGCUUCAUUGAGUACCUUGGGACAUUUUGAUUGGAAAAUCUCGCUUUCAUGAAUAAUUAAUGAGGCAGUUUUAUUGGUGCUGAAUGGGGACAGCUUUGGAAUCGAAUCAAUGAAAUUAUGUUGUGAUUUUUUUUUGAAUAUUUAGGAAUCAAAAUCCUUGUAUGACAUCAUGGUUAAUCUUUUAAGUUAAAAUUAAAUUGUAACAUGCAAUUUAAAUGGAAGAUAAAUACUUUCUCCAAACCCAUUAAUAUUCAUGAAAAAGAGAUUUUGUUGGAAUAUUUCCCAUGGUACCUACGUAGUGUAAACUGAACAAAGUAUCGGGGCCUUUAAUGAUGGUGAACAGCAAGACUUGAAGCUUUGUACUGACUGACUCUUUUCCAUACAACUGGAAUAUCUGAUACAGAAUUUGAGAAACGUUGUUAUUAUCAAGUAUAAUAUGAAUUUGUUAAUAUCAUCUUAAGAUUUAGUGUUAAGCUUUAAAAAAUUAUACAUUAUGUUUAAGUCAUAACUUGUUUUGUAGUCCAGGAUUAUUUUGUCGUACUUUUUUACCUCAUUGAUUGUGUUUGUGGAAUAUUUAUGUUUUGUUAAGAAACUUAUGUUUUUCAAAAUUUAACCAGAUUAUUUGUUGAAUGUCCAUACUAUUUAUAUUAAUCAGAAAGAAUCAUCAAUGGUAAUGUAGAUCGAUUUUUCAUUCAAAGUUAUUUAAACAGGGUGUGCUGUAAAGGGUAACAAGAUAAAUGUAUACCAAAGAUAUAAAAUUAUACUUAAAAAUAUUCAUAUACAGAAAUUGUCUGUCUGUUUAAAAAAAGUUGAGGUAUUGUCAUAGCCUUGGUGUUAUUGUAGUUGGCUUUUUGGUUGUGCCAAAACUUCCGUUCUUGGUUGUAUGUUUAAAAGUGUUCAAGAUAUUCAAAUGAAACUUGGCAAAUGAAACUUGGUACACAUGUUCCCAGGAACUAUAAGCACAUGAUUAGCAGGCCAUUAUAAACACAGGCUUAGACAAUUGUCGAGUUAUAGCCUUAGAUGAAAUGAAAACUUAAUCAGACAAGUGUUGGCGUAUGCUCUGUGGCACUAUUGUUUAUUUUUAUAUGCACUUUUUUUGGUUAGUUUUCACUGCCUAAUGAUGGACUUGUUAUGAUUUGGUUGUUGUUGCUAAUGUUGUUAUUUUAUCAUUCUUUUUAAUAAAUGUACAUCUAAAUAUGUAUCAUGUGCAACAAAAGGAAGUAGGCCGGGGGUCAAGGCUUUUUCUGACGCCAUCUAGACCCACCCAGUGGCCUAAGGCACUUUCCAUAAAUGAUGGAAAUUCUCUUAACACAACAUUUGAAAAUUCAUUGUAUAACAUUUUGGACACUCUUUAUCGCCAUUGGGGACUUGGCAGCCUGCCUAGAAUAUUCAUAUCUGUUAUUCACCUUUCAAAUUUGAUAGAUUUAAAUUAUUGAUGGUCAUAAUCAUUAAAGAGUACAGGAUUUUUCAACUACUUUGCGAAUCAUAUAUGAUUAUAGUUUACUUAAUCAAAUCAUAUGCAACAACUUUUAUAUUGUAAUCUGAUCAAAAUAUACAAUACAUUAGAAAUGUAGAAUUUUAUGUUCCAUCAUGUGUAAACUGCUGUUCAAUACUGCUGUGAUAAAUAUAUUUUCACUAACCAAAUUUUGAUGUUGUGUAUUUUGCCAAGCUGCUUGAUACAAUUGUUAUUAUUUCUUGAAAUUCCCUGCAAUAAAGAUAGAAAAAAUGUUGUCAGCUUAGUUUUCU